AUGUACCGCAUUGUCCGGCAUGACCAUGAAAUGGUAGACACAUGGAAGGCGGGAGGAUCGCGAUGCAUCGGGGAGAAAGGGAGGGAGGAGGGGUCUUACACGUGGACCGGAGGCGGCUCUGCGGAGGGUACAGGCCGAAAUGGCAGGAUUGCUGUGUCACGGCGGACAAGGCGGUCGCCAGAAGUGUAUCGCGGCCUGCUGUUUUGGGAGUCGGCAGGUGCGCAGGGACUGGGGCAGUGGGUAGCAAUGACAUCAGCGUGUGUAAGAGAUAGCGAGGGCCCGGGUCAGGCGGCGGCGGGAAAAGGGGACUUUUGGCUGGGCCCUGCAUGGCGUGUAAGAGAGUUGGAAAAGGACCGGAUGCCUGCUGGAAGGGCUGUGGUGCAAAAGCAACGGGGAGGGGCUAGGGUGUGA